AUGCCAACAUCGCACCUCCCCUCUCUAGGCCGCCGAUACAAUAGGCGCAUAUUGAACACAGCUCUCUCCACAGCCUGCAAUGCCCCACAAAGACGACAUCUCUCAUCCCAGUCACCCAGCACCCCAGCACGCCUCACCGGCCGUACCUGCAUGAUCACAGGCGGGACAUCAGGCAUUGGAUUCGCCAUCGCAAAUCGAUUUCUCCAAGAAGGCGCAGAGCGCGUCAUUCUCGUCGGACGAUCGUACGAGCGCCUCCUCAAAGCCGCCGCCAGCCUCCAAGUCAAUGGUGAAGGUGCCCAGAACCAAGAAGCGGCUGAUGACACAGCAUCAAAGUCGCAAGGGACUCUGGUCGAAACUUCGGAUAGAAUAAGUCUCCUUGUGGGCGAUGUAUCGGAGGCUGGAUCGUGGCUACGUGAGCUGGAGAAGGCGAUGCAACCAGUCGACAUCCUAGUCAACGCAGCUGGGAUCUCCCACUCCAAUAUUCUUCCCAAGAUGUCUCCCGAAGAUAUCUCACAAACCCUCCGGACAAACCUUGAAGGCGCGAUCUUGACAUCCCGCACCCUUCUCCGUGCGUCUCUCCGCAACAGGGUAAAAAGCCGUUCUGGCGAGACCCGACCUGCAUCUAAAUGUAUCAUAAACAUCUCAUCAUUACUAGCGCUGAAAGGCGGAACCGGUGCAGUCCCAUACGCCGCUUCCAAAGCGGGGCUUCUCGGCCUCACCAGGUCGUUAACAGUCGAAGCGGCUGGUUCUCUGCGCAAUGUGGUCGUGCGGUCGAAUGCGAUUGUGCCGGGCUAUAUUGAGACGCCGAUGAUUGCGGACUUUAGCGAGGGGCAGAAUGAGAGGUUGAAGGAGAGCAUUCCGCUGGGUCGGUUUGGGGCACCGGAGGAGAUUGCGGAUGCGGCGGUGUUUCUGGCCGGCAAUGAGUAUGCGAAUAAUUGCGUCAUUAAUUUGGAUGGGGGGUUGAGUGCCGUUUAA